CCGGAGCGCACCCAUUUGAGAGGCGAGGAGGAGGAGGAGGAGGCGGCGGGUUGACCUCUGACCCCUGACCCCGAGCCGGACCCCGCGGAGAGCAGGACCCUUUCGCCCACCCCAGCAUCCCCAUUCGUCCCUCUCCGCCCGUCCACUCGGGGGGUGUCCACUGGGGUGUCCAUGGCGCGCCGAGCGGGAGUCGGGGGCUGGGCCGGGUCUGGGGCCUGGGUUUGGCCGCCCCCUCCUCCUCCUUCAUCUUCCCCUUCUCCUUCUCCUCCUCCCCCUCCUCCUCCUCCUCUGCUGCUGGUCCUGCUGGUCCUGCUGGUCCUGUCCGGCCAGGCGGCCGCCUGGUACAAGCACGUGGCCAGCCCUCGCUACCACACCGUGGGCCGCGCCUCUGGCCUGCUCAUGGGCAUCCGCCGCUCGCCCUACCUCUGGCGCAGGGCCCUGGGGGCCCCGCUCCAGGACACCUGGGGAGGGGCCGGGGACCCCUGGGCCCGGACCGGGCCGCGGAGACGCCGGACACUGAGCCCCCCCGGGGACGGAGCCUGCGGACCAAGCUGGGGGACAUCGGGACGCCAGAACGGGGACCCGGGCCCGAGGGCCCUGCGGGCCGGACAGCCAGAGUCUGCGGAGACCUGGCUCCGGCGGUGCCCCCCAAGCCUGUCGUCCUCUUUGAGGCCCCGGACCCGCUCCCGACAAGCCCUUCUCUUGUGAUGCUCCUUCCUCCAACUUCUCCUCCUCCAGCAGCCCUCGGGGAUUGAGGCUCGGCAGGCCGCCCCCCCCCCCCCCCCAUCUUGCUCCGCUCCGGAACCCCCCAGAGUCGGAUCAGCCCCCGCUCCCUCAUCCCGCACAGCCCCCCCAGGGGCUCCCCUCCCGCCGGCGGGCAGAGAAGACCUUCAUCCGGGGCUCUUUCGGUCAUGUCUGGGCUUCUCGCGACGCGCGUAUCUGGCCGUGCUGAGUUUGUGCGUUUACGGGACUCCACGCUCAUUAAAUCACCCAUGAUUCAAACGAG